AAAACUUCGACUUUAACUUUGCUUUCUUGCCGAUAAUGAUAGGUGUCCGAAGAGAGAUACUUCUGCACGCGUUGAAACAUUGAUCAUCGAGCUUGCGAACACAACGCGCGGAUUCUCACGCGUUGCAUUAACUUUAAUAAAACCAAAGAUGGAAAAAAAGAGGGUGGGGAAAAAGAUAGAAAAACGAAUCGCCAAAUACAGACAGACCGAGCCGGCACGACGAAAACUCAUGAGACUCGCGGCGAAGUGAACUAUUCUUCGGGGAAUUUAUAUUUCUACCAAUAAGAAAUUCGAGCUCAACUUCAAUUAAGUAGAAAAUUCAUAUUUAAAAGCUGGGACAAACAAAGCUAUAUAGACAUGAGCGAUGACAAAACGAAACGUGAAUUCGAAAAAACGAUCGAUCUAAAUUUAGCUCUCCUGAGAUUGACCGGUGUAGUCUCGAGCGAAAGAGUGAGCAGAGACACGUUGGCGAGCUUGGCGUUCGUUUGCAUGACAAUUAACACCGUUUCAUACGUGUACGAAUUUGCAACGAGUUCGCACACUCUGACCACCGUUUUGGAAUCAUUUGCAAUGAUCAUCCCACUCAUAGCAGGACAAACGCGAUUCGUGAUUCUUUUGUGGUUGCGCGAUUCUUGUCAAACAAUAUUGAACAUUUGCGAGUCUUUCUGGUCGACUUUAAAUUCACACGAAAAGAAGAUUGUUCAAAGUUACACGAACAAAGCGAAACUAUUGAGUCGCUGCUACUUGUUUAGCUGCAUUUCAACUAUAUUCUUCUACGUGCUGUUGAUACAAUUUGGCUCUUUGAUAUUUAGCGAACCGAAGCAUUUUGCAAAUGAUAUGGUUUAUGGAAACAAUAGCAGCUUUGUUCCGUCGGAAGCUGCGAAAUCUCUGGAAGUGACGGACGAUAAGCGACGAUAUUUGCCAUACGCGUUUUUUAUCGACGUACAAGAAACACCGUGGUACGAGAUCGUGUACGUUGUUCAACUUGGGUCCAUGGUCAGUGUUGGUUUGACCUGUGUCGGUGUGGACACGACUGGUCCUUUGCUUAUUCUAAUCGCGUGUGGGUAUUUCGACACGAUUCAAUCUAGAAUUGAAAAUGCCUAUUCGUUUGAAUCACCGUCAUCGCCACCGAUUUUGACAUCGUUAUCAAUUGCAACAAGGACGAAGACCGCAACAGAAACCACAUCGGUUAUCAGAAUAGAAUCGUCGUCAAGGAAUAUAGGCAUGAAAAAUUUACGAACAUGCCUAAACCAUCAUCAAUUGUUACUAAAAUUGUGCAAGGAUAUCGAGAACUUGACAAAUAUAAUGUUUUUGAUACAACUGAUCACCAGCACGUACAAUAUCUCAUUGAUUGGCUUCAAAGUAGUCGAGGACAAUCCCGGCAAGGUCAAGUUCGUCACGCAACUUGGGAUCUUUAUUAUUCAGCUCUUUCUCUGCAAUUGGCCACCGGAUCUUCUUCGAUCGAAGAGUGAAGCUAUUGGUCACGCCGGGUAUUCGAUUCCUUGGUAUCGGUAUCCUCGCAAUUUACAAAAUCCGGUGAACAUGCUUAUGGUCAGAGGUCAAAAACCGGUCCGCUUGACUGCUGGGAAAUUCAUCGAGCUGUCGCUGGAAACAUUUGCCUCUAUGAUAUCCACCGCUGCUUCGUUUUUCACCAUGAUGCGAAGCAUGAACUGACUUUCGUUUCGUGAGACACUGACCAUAAAAGUGCGCCACCCAGGAUACGAAGAGAAUGUUACCUUCUUCAUGCUCGUCCAAUAAUCAUUAUAUUAGAUGUCAUUCGAGUAUUUCCAGCGAAUACGAGUAGACGGCUAAUCGAAUAAAUACGGCUGACUGAGAAUACAAAUCGAUCACAGAAUUUCUUUUCCGAUUGUUCAUCGAUCAAAAGAGCGGGGCGAGUCGUAGGCGAAAAGAAGAAAAGGAGAGCACGAAGGAAGGAAGCACGAAACUGACGUUCGUUUCGCGAAACACUGACGAUAGAAUGGCAUUAAUCCCCCUCUUACCUUCUUUCGGUCAUCUUCGACCCAACUGUAUUUCUCUAACGCUAAGCAAUAUCUGAGAGUUCUAUAAAACAUGGAAAAAUUGUUGUUGGUACGUAUCGUCUUUUACUUCAAUUUCGUGUUAAAUAUUUUCUUACAAUGUUAAGAUAUGUUUUCGUUUGCUAAAGUAAGAACAAAAUGUACAAAUUCGAAGAUGAUGACAGAGUCAAGGACGAUGAGGAAUGUCAUUUUCUUCUUCUGUCCGUUCAUUCAAUGAUCAUUAGACUGUGGGCUUUUAUGUAUUUAUAAAAAAUGCAAAUAAAAGCGCAAAAUUACACAAAACACACAUAACAGGGAGAAAUACAUAAAAUAUUCGAAGUAUACAGUUUUCUAUGCUACUUGACAAGUGAAGCAAUUUUCUACCGAGCUUCUCUGCUCUUUUAAUGAUAUUUCAGAAAUACGAAUGUACAUAAAAGUCUGCGUAAUCAUAAUACUUUUUGUCAUCAAACUACAACAUCAUUGAACUAAUUGUCUAUGCGAGUGUGUAGACGACUGACCAGUUCCGACUGAAAAUAGAAACCGAUUUCGAAAUUUCAUUUCUAAUUGUACACCGAUCAAAGGGAAAGAACCAGGCGUUGCUGUGGAUGAAAGGAGGAAAGGACGACGAUAAUCGACGCAAAGUCAACUCGUGCGAAGAAUAAGAGGAAAGUGCAGAGUAGACGGGAGAAAGGGUUUCGAUGUAAUCGAUCGUUCGAGUUAAAACGUUUCGCGCGUUCCAUUCUCGUUUUGAUUCGUGGCAAGACGAAUCUCUAUAGGUGAGAAGAGAGAUGUUUCGUUCUGUUGCUCAGGAUGUACUUUCUUGUAAUGUAACGUGGUACAGUAGUGUCCUGAUAUCUGGCCACGAAUUUGCCCGCUUAUAGUCACGAGCUGUCUUAUUCCUAACUAUUGGCUCAGACAAAGUCUUCUCUUUGGCGAUGAUUUAAUUGCUAUUGAAUUCCUGAAGCAAGAAAUAUGUUGUGUCUUUUACUUGAAACUGAAAGUUUCUUAUAUUUCCUUUUAUUAAUUAUAAUUAUUUAUUUUUAUUAUUUAAAUUAAUAUAUAUAGGGUGAGUCAGUAAAAACUGCUACAUGAAACGAUUCGUUAUCUACUGAUUUUGUAAAAAAAUAUUUCAAGUGAAAUUUUAGUAUAUCUAAGGAGCCUGAUCCGACGGGUAGAUUUUAAUUUUUUAAUAUCUCAUAUCUUCUGAAAUAUUCAGGCGACCUUGAGUUUUUUAAACAGCACCGAAUAUUUUUUACAUUAGUCGAUUCAGUUGAACAUUCUCUGUAUAAAAGUAUCAAUCUAUUUAUACCGAAAAACCAUCAAUCUAACAGAGGUAUCUUAACUUUAAUUUAUCAAAUUUAAUGCAUGAAAAACAGUACUCUUGAGUUUACGUCGUUCUUGUCGUUUGAGAGACUCAAGGUUGCCUUAAUAUCCAAAAAAAUAUGAAGUGUUAAAAAAAUGUUACUUCAAACAUUUCCCGAUAGUACGUCAAUAGAUGAAGAGUUAUUUCCGGACGGUAGUUUUUACUGAUUCAUCCUGUACAUAAUAAUAAUAACAUAUAUAAUAUCCUUCAAUUAAUAUUAUUAAUCCUUAAAUCCUUAAAUCAGAUACAGAUAUUAGGCUAUAGUGAUUUACGCUAUAAAUUAUAUUUAUUAUUAUGUUCAUUAUAAUAUAAUUAUAUGGGUAAUUUAAUUUAGGUAUAUAUUGGUAAUAAAAUUAAAGUAAAUGAAAAAUUCCCAAUUAAGUAAUUUAAAUCUAAAUUGUUAUGGUUCCCAACGAGUUUACGCUAGCUAAACCGGAUGAGCGAAUAUCCUUGUUCGUUUGGUGUAAAUGCACCUUUAGCGGUCAGGUACGCGCGAACGAACGCGCUGCUUCUUGUAUUAGCCAGAAGAAAGAAAACCACGUUCCUGUUCGUCGACGAUACUUGAAGCUGCGUUAGAGAAACCUUAUUGGCCUCCCUAUCGAUGAUCACGUCUAUCUUAUCGUUCGCUAUUUUGCUUCUUUUUUUUUCUUUUUGUUACUCUUUUCUUCGAUCUGGACUACUACGUUUUCGGCUACGGGCGAAUCGUUACUCGCGACGUCUUCGAAAGAUCGUUAAGCCGAGUUCUGCUUUGCUUUUGACGCAAGGAUGGAUAGAGAUAAAGGCGAGGAAACAACAAGAAAAUUGCUUGAGAGUGUGCAACACGAAUUUCUGUGAUACGUCGCCUAUAAAAUUAAUCAACGGGCAGUCAGAACUUUCCGUAAUUAUAAAAAUAUUCUUAACGCUUUGAACAGUCCUUGGUUCGCCAGCUUUGUCAGUACAUGCGUAUAAAUUUUACGUUUACUUUUUCUUCCAUUUUAUACUUUUAUAUUGUAUGUUUCGUCUGUGUCUCCCAUUUUUCUGGAUUGUAUACACCAAAGGAAUUUUAUUCACGUGAAUAAAUAAAUAAAUAACAAUGAUA